AUGGGCGACAUCGGGGAACACUGGAAAGACGUGAAGGAACAGCGAAAAAAACGAAAGCAGAAAAAACGGCAAAAGAGACAGAAGAACCAAAGCCCAUCGCAAAGCAUCCAACCGCCUCGUCGAUGCUGGGAUUGGAUGGUCGUAUCGGGUAGCUGUCACUAUGCCAGAAACCGUGCAUCCUUUAAGGAAUACCGUCAUAUUGGACGAACAGUUUCACACACUGGAAUACCCGGAGAAACCUUUGUCACUGGCGUGGGAACCGUAGAACUGAAAGUGCGGUCAAGCUCAGAGGAAGGGUCACCAACACGUACUCUCGUGUUAGAUGACGUUCUGCACAUCCCAAAAGCUAUAUGUAAUGGCUUUUGCUUCGCAAAAUACCAUACUAUUAUUGGGGGAUCGACAUCCUUGGGCAGUAUGAGUUCAAGAGACAAUGAAGGACAACCUCUCUGGUAUUCUGAAGAUUUCCAUGGGCUAAAGCGGCUGGUUUUGGAUGGAAAUCCACAGGGAGAAUCAUAUCUCGAUGACGGACCAAAGUUACUGAGUAUGCAUGUUGAUACAGAACAACUCGAGAGUAUUUUAUCUCAAGUUUAG